CCAAUUGACAAGAGAUAGAAUAGGAUGAUACCAGAGUUCAAAAUUUACUUAUAUUGCAUGCUAGUUGUUGUUGAUGAACAAAGCACUCUCGAAAACAAAUCAAUCUCAUCUCAGGGCGAUGGGGAUAUCAAAAAAGCAUUUAGAAGUUGUUAUUAUUCUCUCAUGCUUCAACUUGCGGGGUCCUAACUUGCUUGGUUUAGCAACAGCAACCACUGUAAUUAGGGGAAAUGACACUGAUCAACAAGCUUUACUCCAUUUAAAAGCCAAGAUAAUUGGUGAUCAACUUAAGGUUAUGGAGUCUUGGAAUAGUUCCAUUCACUUCUGUCAAUGGCAUGGUAUUACAUGCGGCUGCAAGCAUCAGAGAGUCACCAAGUUGGAACUACAAUUCCUCGAACUCUCAGGAUCUUUAUCACCAUAUAUUGGAAAUUUGAGCUUUCUCAAGGAGUUGAAUCUUGCAAGCAACAACUUCUACGAUCAUAUUCCUCAAGAAGUUGGACAUCUAAGAAGACUGGAAAGGUUAGAACUGAUCAAUAAUUCUUUUAGUGGUGAAAUUCCUUCCAAUUUAUCAGCUUGCUCUAAGCUUACAUAUAUCCGCAUGAGAGGCAAUCAACUAAGAGGAGAAAUACCUGGUUCGUUCGGUCUCUUGUCAAAGCUGAAAUUCUUGAGUUUUGUCAACAACAGUUUAAGAGGGAGCAUCCCGCCUGCGUUGGGGAACUUGUCAUCCCUGGAGGAACUUUAUUUGACAUAUAAUACAUUAAGUGGGGUUCUACCUGAAGCUCUUGGACGACUGACAAAUCUGACACAUUUCUCGGCAGAUGAAAAUUCAAUAUCUGGUAUUAUUCCGACCGCAAUGUUCAAUCUAUCCAAUAUUAUAGUCUUCUCCAUAGGGGGGAACAAGAUUCAAGGUACUCUUCAUUCUGACUUAGCAAUCACUAUGCCACAUGUUGGGGCCUUCUCCGUAUGGGGAAACCAAAUCUAUGGAAAGAUUCCUAUUUCAAUAUCCAAUGCCUCAAAUCUAUAUCAACUUCAACUUGAUGAGAACAGACUUAGUGGGAACGUGCCUUCCUUAGAAAAGCUAGAAAACCUGUUUGUACUUAACCUAUACACCAACCACUUGGGACAUGGGAUAGAAGGUGACUUGAACUUCGUUUGCACUUUAGUCAAUAAUACCAAAUUAGGAAUUCUAUCUAUACACAAUAAUAAUUUUGGAGGGGUAUUUCCCAAAUGCAUUAGGAAUUUUUCUAGAACCUUUUCAGUAUUAGGAAUAGAACAUAACAACAUAUUGGGAAGAAUACCGGAUGGGAUUGGAAAUCUCAACUCUUUGGAGGUGCUACGGGCAUCACAAAAUCAAUUAUCAGGCCCCAUUCCCUCUGAUAUUGGGAGGCUUCAGAAGCUAAAGAAAUUUUACGUUGAUAGUAAUUUUCUCUCUGGGAUUAUUCCCCAUUCUAUUGGAAAUUUAACAAUGUUAAUCGAACUAGCUUUAGAUGUUAACAAACUUAAGGGAAGCAUUCCAUCUAGUCUAGGUAAUUGCCAAAAUUUGCUUAGGAUGACUCUUUCUCAUAACAAUCUUAGUGGAUCAAUACCCCCUCAAGUACUUGCACUUUCAUCCUUGUCCAUUUUACUAAACUUAUCAUCAAACUAUUUGACUGGUGAACUUCCCUUUGAAGUAGAGAAAUUGAAAAAUCUGGGUGAAUUGGAUGUUUCAAAAAAUAGAUUAUCUGGUUUGCUUCCAAACAACCUUGGUAGCUGUGUAAGCCUAGAGAAGUUGUUUUUGGAUGGCAAUUUGUUUGAAGGGCCCAUUCCUUCAUCUUUGAGUUCAUUGAGAGGUCUUGCAGCAUUGGAUGUAUCCGAUAAUAAUCUUUCAGGUAAGGUUCCUGAAUUUCUUGCAAGCUUUGGGGCAUUAAAGUAUUUAAAUCUCUCAUUCAAUGAUUUUGAAGGAGUGAUACCAAGUGAAGGAGUCUUCAAGAAUUCAAGUGCUACAUUUGUUGAAGGGAACAAUAAGCUUUGUGGAGGCAUCACUGAGUUACACUUGUCAAGAUGUAACUCGGCAAAAUCAUCAAACACUUCUCUUCGUUUAAAAAUUGUUAUUGUUGCUGUAAUUUUAGGAGUGACUUUGAUAUUCCUUUUUCUCCUUAUCCUGUUGCUUCGAAAGAAGAAAGAGCAGCAGCCAACAACAACUUGUGCAGAAAAUUCACUUUUAAGGUUAUCGUACCAAAGCAUCCUAAGGGCUACUAACGGAUUUUCUACGCAGAAUUUGGUUGGUUUGGGAAGUUUUGGUUCCGUGUACAGAGGAAUUCUUGAAGAGACUGGAGAAGUUAUUGCAGUGAAGGUGCUUAAUCUUCUAAAUCAUGGAGCUUCGAGGAGUUUCUUAGCUGAAUGUGAGGUCUUGAAGAACAUUCGACAUCGGAAUCUUGUCAAGGUUUUAACAGCCAUUUCAGGUGUCGAUUAUCAAGGCAAUGAUUUUAAAGCCUUGGUUUAUGAGUUCAUGGUAAAUGGAAGUUUGGAGGACUGGCUGCAUCCACCUGCUGGAACCAAUGAACCAGAGACAAUAAGAAACCUGAACCUCUUCCAAAGACUUAAUAUGGCCAUAGAUGUUGCUCAUGCACUAGAGUAUCUGCACCAUCAUUGCGAAAUAUUGAUCAUUCAUUGUGACCUCAAGCCAAGCAAUAUUCUACUUGAUGAGGAAAUGGUUGCCCAUAUAAGUGACUUCGGCUUAGCAAAAAUCCUUUCUACAGACAAGCUUAACUAUUCUGCUAGUCAAUCAAGCUCCCUUGGAUUAAGAGGAACUAUUGGUUAUGCUCCACCUGAAUAUGGCAUGGGAAGCGAGUUGUCAACAAAAGGUGAUGUGUAUAGCUAUGGCGUCCUCUUGCUUGAAAUGUUUACAGGGAAAAGGCCGACUGAUGAAAGAUUCAAAGAGGGUUUAAGUCUUCACAACUUUGUUAAGACAGCUUUGCCCGAACGAAUGAUUGAGAUUAUAGAUCCCAUUCUUCUUCAAGAGAGAGUCAAACAAGGAACAAUCACAGACAUUACUCUUGGUGGAAACAUCAUAGAAAAUGACAGGUGUCUUCAAUGUAUGAAUUCGAUUCUUGAAAUAGGACUCACUUGUUCUACUGAAUCACCAAGUGAGCGGGUUGACAUGUGUGAUGUUGUUACCGAGCUUUGUUCCAUUAGAGAUCAGAUUUAUCUGACUCGAUUAGGAGGUCUUAGUUAACAGAUUACUUUAUCAGUUCAUCACAUAAGCCGCAUUCCACUAGUUUUGAUAUAAUUGCUGUGCUUAGAUUUAUCAUUUCAUUGAGCCAUACACAUCAAUGUGCAUGAGUUCUAAUCCAAAGGGAGAAAAGGGCAGAAAAAGAAUAUAUAUUGAAUCCAAACUCUUUACCGAAUGAUA